AGACCGCCUACCAAUCUUGUACCGUUCUGCCGUAUGCCCCUCCUUUAACCUCCCACCUUCUAAAAGUUGAAGAUUGCGAUUCUGAUACUAUAUCGUGAAGUGUGUAAUUUGGGUCAAAUCUAGAAUAGGGUCAUAACCAUAGCUUCAUAAUCAAACAUGUCUCUCCUACGUACCUAGCUACCAGAGCUAAUUGACUUAUAAAAACCUCUACAAUGUCCAAGCCAACACACCUCGAGCCGUCCGAGCUGGGCACCAAGGAAUACUGGGACAGCCUCUACACAGCCGAAAUCUCCAACCACGCGCAUAACCCCGCCGACACCGGCACCGUCUGGUUCGACGACUCGGACGCCGAAGCCAAGGUCAUCGACUUCCUCUCCGACCCCGACUCCGAACUGCACCUCUCCCUAGAAGAAUCCUCAUUCCUCGACCUCGGCACCGGCAACGGAUCUCUCCUCUUCGGUCUGCGCGAUGCGGGUUGGCAAGGGCGUAUGCUAGGCGUAGACUACUCGCGACAGAGCGUCGAGUUCGCGCGGCGCAUCGCGGAGUCGCGAUCGCAAGACACGGAAACGGAAAGCGAAAAGCCGGUCGAGUUCCGCGAGCACGACAUCCUUCAGACGCCGGCCUCUGCGCUUCUGGCUGAUGUGCAACAACCGCAAGGCUGGGACGUCGUACUGGAUAAGGGCACUUUCGACGCGAUAUCGUUGUCGUCAGAGACGGACCCUGCGAGCGGGCGUCGUGUUAGUGAAUCCUAUAGAGCGCGGGUUGCGCCUCUCGUGCGCGAUGGGGGCUUAUUCCUUGUUACGAGCUGCAACUGGACCGAAGAGGAGCUGAAGAGUUGGUUCGAAGGUGCUAGGAAGGACGGAGAGGAUGACGGCGACGCGAGAGGGUGGCGGUUCGACCUAGUCGGCAGGGUCGAGUACCCCAGCUUUAGUUUUGGCGGCGUAAAGGGACAGACCAUUAGUAGUUUAUGUUUUAAGAAAGUCAGGGAUAUUUAAAAUUAACACGGGCGGUACGAACAUAGACGUAGGAGUGCAUUAACCUAGGAAAGAUACCCCAGUAGAGUACGAUUAGAAGGAUGGAACAGCAUCACUGCAAACCUGUUUGACUGAGAUUUAUUAAACUAGGUCAUCAUGCUCUUUUUUUCGUCUUUUAUCAUACACAUAUCAGGCAACUUCCAAAACAAGAGCGCCGGUUUGGGGCUCAUGGCUCGAAGCCCUUCUAUAGAAGUUUGUGCAGCUUUAAAGUCCUACGGGCCUCAAUGCCGAGCAGGACACAAACCUCCAAAAAAUGCAUUCGACGACUGUGUGCGUGCUUCCCAUACAUCUACUCUACGGACCCUCAAAAUUUCACCUUCUGAAGGACCCUUGCACGAACUGACGCUGGACAAUUCGGGACGGCUAUCUCGCGAGAGAUGCGACUAGGACACUCUAGUACAUGGGCUGCAUGUUGAAAGAGUUCUCUUUAAUCUUUCAUCUACGGCGAUGUGUUCAUAGGCUCCCCACCCAUUCCGGGAAUUCCUGCUACCGCGGUCGUCGCAAAGUAGCGCACGUCCACGUCGUCGUCCUUCUGCAGCUUCUCCAGGCUCGGCAGGAUGCGCUGCUGGAUGAGCUCGGUUGCCCGAGGAGACGGCGUAGUCGUCGUCGUUCCGGCCUUCUCCAGACUGUAGACGGUACCCUCUUCGGGGAGUCGUUUUAA